UAGUUGUCAUGAUGUGUUUAUUAUUAGCUCUUGCGUUUACACUUUAGACUGGAGGUUUACUUGAGACUCAACGCAAAAAAAAAAACUCCGAACGUAACCGAAAAGUGUCGCGAUAAGAGAUAAAAUAUAAACAAAAAUCGGAACAGCCGUUAACCGUACAAAUUGGAGGGAAAGUAGUUAUAGUCCGCUGAUUUCAAAAUAUAAUCAGCCUAUAUAAAAGAACGAUCUGAGCAGCAACUGACAUAUUUGUAACAGACACAGCAACUUUACUUCGUUAGCUUAUUUCAAAGGAGAAACAAUGCGUUGGGGAAUAUGUUCGGCAGGUAUGAUUGCAACGGAUUUCUGCAAUGCUUUGCAAUGUUUGAAUCCUUCACAACACAAAAUAACUGCUGUGGUAUCCAAGUCUUUAGAGAAGGCUAAGAAAUAUGCUGAAGAAUUUAAGAUACCAAAUGUAUAUGACAGCUAUGAAGAAUUUGCCAAAGAUCCCAACAUAGAUUUGGUAUACCUUUCAACCAUCAACUGCUACCAUCAUCCUCUUUCCGUUCUCAUGCUUAACAAUGGCAAACCAGUUCUGUGUGAGAAAACCUGCGGUAAUAAUCUGAAAGAGACAGUGGAAAUGCUUGAACUUGCAAAAUCACAGAAAUUAUUUUUUAUGGAGGGUUUGUGGUCUAACUUCUUCCCAGCUUACGCAGCUAUUAGAAAAGAAAUUGAGUCUGGAACCAUAGGAAAGAUACGCUACUUAGAUGUUGCAUUUUUUGUCGACAUAUUUUCAAAGCCACGUAUUUCUCAGCGCUCUUUGGGUGGUGGUGGUAUCUUGGAAAUUGGUGUAUAUACAAUAUGGCUUGCAAACUUCAUAUUCAGAGAGAAACCCGAGACAAUUACUGCUGUUGGAACAAUUGCUGAUACAGGUGUUGACCAGUCUGCCAAUAUUAUUCUGACUUAUAAGGAUGGUGCCAGAGCCUCUUUGUCCUACAAUACUGCUGUAACAGGAAGAACUGAUGCAUAUAUUUAUGGAACUAAAGGCAAAAUUUAUGUAUGUCCACCAUUUUGGGGUGCCAACAAAAUUGAGGUGAAUGGAGAAGAAAGAGAAUUUCCACUCCCCAAAUCCAAUGCUACGUAUAAUUACCCCAACAGCGCUGGAUUAGCUUACCAAGCUGAUUGUGUUCGCCAAUGUUUUGAGAAAGGUCAGCUUGAAUGUCCUGCUCACGUCCAUUCCGAUACUUUGUCCAUUAUAAAAAUUAUUGAAGAGGCUCGACGACAACUUCAUGAGAAUCACAAGGAAACCUAAACACUCUACAAGGAGGAAAGGAGAGAAGAAGAGGGUUAAUAAUAUUGAUUAAUGCAUAUUUUAUAAAAAUAGGCAUCAUUGGACCAUACCAUAUUUCUUAUAUGUAUAUAUAUAUAUAUAUAAAUGUAUAUAUAUCUUAGACUGUAACAUAUAUACAUGUAUGUAUGUGUAUAUAUCUAUUUCAAAGUAACAAUGGCUUCUAAGUUUUUGCCUUUCAUUGUCAUUUUUCUAAAAUAUAAAUAUUUAAAUCCCUUUCAUGUAUUGACAUAUAUUCACGUAUCGUUUUUUUGCAUUUUAUAAAUAAAAAGUGGUCGAGUACUUGCAAAUUGUACCUUGCAAAACACUCACUCUACCUCAACACUGAAUUUCAUAA